GCCGGGGUUGAGGCGCAGGCGCAGGCGCCACCGCCGCGGUGGUGGUGGUGAUGAUGAUGAUGAACGCGGACCUGCGGAGAGAGCGCGCCGCCGCCACCUUCCAGCCCGAGCUGCUCACCCACAUCCUGGACGGCGGCGCCGAGCGCACCCGCCGCCGCAAGGAGAUCGAGGCCUUAGUUAUUAAUGACCCUGACUUCCAGCAUGAGGAUUUGAACUUCCUCUCCCGUAGCCAACGUUAUGAGCAAGCCAUCAGGAAGAGCUCUCUGAUGGUGAUGAAGUUAAGAGAAUAUGGGAUUGCAGAUCCUGAUGAGAUCUACUGGUUUAAAAGCUUUGUUCAUCGUGGACGGCCUGAGCCUUUGGACCUUCAUCUGGGCAUGUUCCUCCCUACUCUUCUCACCCAGGCAACCCCAGAGCAGCAGGAUCGCUUCUUCAUGCCUGCCUGGAACCUGGAGAUCAUUGGCACUUAUGCCCAGACCGAAAUGGGCCAUGGAACUCAUCUUCGAGGCCUAGAAACCACAGCCACAUAUGACCCUGCUACCCAGGAAUUCAUUCUCAACAGCCCCACUGUGACCUCCAUUAAGUGGUGGCCAGGUGGACUUGGAAAGACCUCCAACCACGCCAUUGUUCUGGCCCAGCUCUACACCCAGGGCCAGUGCAAAGGGCUGCAUGCCUUCAUUGUUCCCAUACGGCAGCUGGGCACCCACGAACCUUUGCCAGGUAUUACAGUGGGUGACAUUGGGCCAAAAUUUGGCUAUGAUGAAAUGGAUAAUGGCUACUUGAAAAUGGACAACUUUAGAAUUCCUCGGGAAAACAUGCUGAUGAAAUAUGCUCAGGUUGAACCAGACGGCACAUAUGUGAAACCACUCAAUGACAAGCUGACCUAUGGGACCAUGGUGUUCAUCCGUUCCAUCAUUGUAGGAGAUUCAGCUCGCUCCCUGUCCCGGGCGUGUACUAUUGCUAUUCGCUAUAGCGCAGUGAGACACCAGUCUGAGCUAAAGGCAGGGGAACCAGAACCCCAGAUCUUGGAUUAUCAGACCCAACAAUACAAACUCUUUCCUCUCCUGGCAACGGCAUAUGCUUUUCACUUUGUGGGAGCCUACAUAAAAGACACCUAUCGUCGUAUUAGUGGAGACAUCAUUGAAGGAGACCUGAGCGAGCUGCCAGAGCUCCAUGCGCUGACUGCAGGGCUGAAGGCAUUCACUUCCUGGACCGCCAAUGCCGGUAUUGAGGAAUGUCGAAUGGCAUGUGGUGGCCAUGGUUACUCCCGCUGCAGUGGCCUUCCUGAUAUCUAUGUCACCUUCACCCCAUCCUGCACCUAUGAGGGAGAAAACACUGUCAUGAUGCUGCAGACAGCUAGGUUCCUUGUCAAAAGCUACAUGCAAGUUAACUCUGGUCAGCGGGUUACUGGCAUGGUGUCCUACCUUAAUGAUCUCUCCAGGCAACGCAUUCAGCCACAGCAUGUGGCUGCUAGGCCUGUGACUGAGCGUAUCAAUGAUCCGAUCAGUUUGGUGGAGGCCUACAAAGCGCGUGCUGCUUGGCUUGUAGAGGCUGCAGCAAAGAACUUGCAAGCUGAGUUGAGCCACAGAAAGAGCAAAGAGGAUGCCUGGAACAAGACUUCUGUUGAUCUUGUGCGAGCAUCUGAGGCGCACUGUCACUAUGUGAUAGUUAAGCUCUUCACAGCAAAGCUCUCGGAGAUCAGCGAUGCAGCUGUCUGUGCUGUUAUGACUGAGCUGUGCCUCUUGUAUGCACUCUAUGGAAUCAGUAAGAACACAGGGGAUUUUCUGCAGGCGAAUAUUUUGACAGAUACCCAAAUUAAUCAAGUGAACCAACGUGUGAAGGAACUCUUGGCUAUAAUCCGUCCCAAUGCAGUAGCACUCGUGGACUCCUUUGAUUUUCAUGAUGUUCAUCUUGGGUCUGUGCUUGGCCGGUAUGAUGGCAAUGUCUAUGAGAACAUGUUUGAGUGGGCAAAGAAAUCUCCGUUGAACAAAACAGAGGUUCAUGAAUCCUUCCACAAACACCUGAAGCCGAUGCAAGCCAAGCUGUGAAGCCAGCUCUUUUUUAAAAAAUGCACAAUUUUCCUGGUCUGGAAACUGGAUAUUUUGCAUCCUUUCUUCAGGCACCUAAAUCAAACCUUUCAAACUAUGAUAGCUGUAGGACAGCGAAUAAUUGUAGCUUUUCUUUCUAUUUCUGUAAAUUGAGAUGGUGAUUGGGGGAGUGCAUAUGGAUGGAUGGCUGUUUGUUUUUGAAGUGCAAUCAUGGUGGGGGGAAAAAAAACUUUUAAACAUCCGAGGAAGCUUUAUGGAUUCAUACAAGAAUUACUUUUGUGAAGCUGCUAACCAGGCAAGUUACCGUUAUCUAAAAAGGUAGUAGGGUUUUACUACUAAGUAGUACAGCCCUCAGGCAAUAGCUUCUAAUGAGCAUUUGUGUCCUUUUCACCCCCCACAAAAAAGCAUCAACAUGUCUUGAUCUUUUUUCAUAGACUAGCACCAGCUCGCUCUCCCUAUGUAGCAAGUAUUUAGGCUGUAUAAAGCCUUAUGCAGAAUUUUAUGCACGUGGUGUCUGCGUGAGAUGCUACUCUCCUGAUGUGGCUGGGAACUAAGUGUCCAUCUUUCUCUCUGAAGCUCUGCUUCAGUGUCUUUCCAGAGGGCAUCUUCAUGUAUCCCAGUGCAUCCUUUCUUCACUGCCCAGCAGAUUUCCCCCCCGCCACUUGACAUUUGCCUUUUCUAACACUGGCACCUUACCCUUCUGAUUAAUAGGAAUUCAAAGGAGAAGGUGCUGAUGCUACUAUGAGAAAAGACAAGUAGUAAUAAUCAGCCAGGAGCUGCUAAUGGAUGUUCUGCCCUUUUAACUGUUAGUAUUUUCAAAGCACUAUCUCAAAGCACUUUACAAAUGCUAGUUAUUAUGAUUUGAUGUGAAAAAACACAUUCUGUUAUAGAAACUGCAAAUUUGACUUGAAAAGAUGAAGCCAAUAUUUGGGGGCAGAAAUUUGGCCAAGGUCUGCAGGUUGCUCUGGGAUAUUCUUCUGUGUAUUUUCUUUUUUAAAGGCAAUCUUCAAGACGACAAUGCAAAAUGAAGUGCCUAGAUUCUUUUUCCCCACCCAUGCAUUUCCAAGGAGCUUUCUCUGAUCUACUUAAAAACAUUGUUUUUAUAUUGACUUGUACAAUGCUGUCCAGAUGAACAAUUUAAAAAUGUAGUUUUUAACAGGACUUCCUGAUACCUAGUGAAAUCAGUAAACUAAACAUCACUGCUGUUUUUCAGCACCAAUAGCUUCACCCAGUAACAGAAUAAAACAUUUUUCCACAACAGAUGAAGAGUGACUUUCAGUUUAAAUUGGUAAAAGGUUCAGCAAAAGCCAAAAUUCUGCAGUUCUGAGGCAACAUACAAGAAGCUUGUCCUCUGAGAGCUUUGGCACCUGCUAAGUCUCUAACUUUGGAUCACAUUUUCAUAGCAGAAUUUUCUAGGACUUGCAAUCCUUAAACAGGGUGUUCAGCUCCAUGCACAGUAGCUGAACAGAAAUGCCUAUUUUUAAAUAAAAAUCCAACUUCCCUUUUGGCUGCUGAGUCUCCCAGGUUGAAUGGAACCGCUGCUGUUCAGGAUACCAAGGAGGCAAAAGGCUUUGCCUUCUGUAUGUUAAGUAGAGCAGACUGCUGACCUGGGGAUGGUCUAUGGAGAACGAUCAGGGAAAGGUUAAAAUGUGUUAAUGAAAACAGUACUAGCUAAAUGUAUGUACAGAUUUAAUAAAUUACAAAAAUGUGUUUUCAGACAAAA